AUGACCUCUGGUUCCAGAGACUCCUACCUCUUCCCCCCCAUGGACUGGCUCUACAGCACAUCCGAGACGCAGACGACUGAGACUGACGCGGCUGGCAACCCAUACACAACAGAUACUUGGGAAGCCCGCGUCCUCGGUCAGGUCGUGUACAAGGUUACGACGCAGGGUGGACUAGCUCCCGCUGGGGACAAGCCCAAACCAGCAACACUGGCGGAUGGCGUGGCGACCGAGUCGCAUUGGCUCGAUGUGGAUCGGACCGCCGACUCGCGAGCCGAGACGCCAGAGCCUGGACUCGGUCCUGGACGGACUGUUACGAAUGUUGGCGUGUUGGGGUUUAAUGUCUGGGGGAGUGGCAAUGGAGGCAAGGAGAGGGACAAGGAGAGUCAUUGGCUCGACGUGGAUCGAAUUGCUGAUUCACGGGCUGAGAGUCCAGUUUUGGGUGAGGCGAGCCCGGCCAUCCCGACAAACUCGACCAGCGGUCCGGCGACUGCGAAGACUACGAAGACUACGACUCUGAUGAGCCCAGCGAAGAAGAGAGAGUUGGUGGGGAGUCCGUUGGCCAAGGGUGGUUAG